AUGGAUCAUGGAUCAUGGAUCAUGAAGAGUGAGAAGAAGCCUUCUCAAAUCAAAAGGAAGCUGCCGAAAGUUAAUAGGACUUUGGCAGCCCGACUUCUUGAAGCAGAGGAAGAGCAGAAUGACAAUAAGGAUGCUGAUGUUGCUGAAACUCAGGAAAAGACGGGUGCUAAGAAGGGACCAAAGAGGAAGAGAGGUCUCACCACAGAAGUUCUCAAGGAUGAGCGGUUUACAUCUAUGUUCGAAGAUAAGGACUUUGAGGUUGAUGAAUUCUCAAAAGAAUACCUGGCUCUGCACCCUAUGCCAGCAACGACAAAUAAGCCAUCUUUGCUCGAGGAGCAUUUUGAGGCUCUUUCAGAAGAUGAUGAACAGAGUAUCAGUGGUACUGAUGUACCAUCAGAAGACGACCUUGAAAAUUUGGAUGGAAAAUCUAAGAGAAAAUCACAAGUACCUAGAUUUUAUGAAGUGAAGGACAACCGGCAUGCAGAAGCAUUCUGGAAUGAUGAGUCCCUUGCAGACGAGGAAUCCCUUCCUAUGGGUGAAAGAGCAGCUCGGACGAAACCACAGCAAGGUUCAAAGGAUGCGGUCAAAUAUGGUCAGGGGGGAUCCCGGGAAAUCUCUUUCAAGGCCAGAAGCUCAGCAAAAGCCAAGGAGUAUGACGAUAUUGAGGAGGCGCGUCCUGAAAAGAGGAGGGGUGUGCAAUCACUGAAGUUACCCGGUGGCUCAGGUCGUGGAUCUCGUGGUAGGGGUGGUGGCUUCCGCGGUAGAGGCGGUGGUUCUCGGGGUAGAGGUGGUGGUUCUCGUGGUAGGGGUGGAGGCCGUGGGAGGAGCAGCAGGGGAAGAGGGCAUUGAUGAGAACAUGAGCAUCAAGAGAAACUUUCUUAACUGUGCCGUGUCUUGUUAUGUAACUUCAAUUUUGGUAGAUGCGUUCUUGUAUUUGACUUAUUUUGUUCUGAAUGUAUUUGUAUGGCAAAAUUACUGGGCUUUGGUAUUCAUGAGCUGAAAAUUGUUAUUUAUUGACGAAUAUACUUAAAUAGAUACACAAUUAUGAGAAUCAAUUUCAAGAA